AUGGACCCUGCACGUAUGCUGCCGAGGGACAUACUGUUCCAUCUAUUAGAAGAAAUUACAGAAAAUUUCUCCGACGAGCGGAAACUUGGGAGCGGUGCAUAUGGAAAAGUGUACCUGGGAGUGGAUAAAAAUGGGGUUAAGAUUGCUGUAAAGGUGCUUCAUGAGAGGACAGACCUUGACGAUAACAAGCGGCAGUUUGAGACGGAGUUUAAGAACCUGGAAAGUCUCCAACAUCAAAAUAUCGUACGGUUAGUUGGCUAUUGCUAUGAAACUCGGAAAACAUAUGUAAGUCACAAUGAAGAACUUGUUUUUGCUAACAAGAUACACAGGGUGCUCUGCUUUGAGUAUAUGCCUGGAAAAAGCCUAGACAAGCUUCUUGCAGAUGAACAUAAUGGACUUGGUUGGCACACAAGCUAUGCAAUAAUUAUUGGAAUCUGCAAGGGGCUGAAAUACCUUCACGAGGAGUUACAAGAUCCUAUGUUUCAUUUGGAUUUAAAACUAGCAAACAUAUUGCUGGAUGGUAAUAUGGUGCCAAAGAUCGCAGACUUCGGCUUGUCAAGGCUCACUGGAGGGGAACAUACACAAAUAACGCAGGGUGUUUUCGGAACACUUGGGUAUGUGCCUCCUGAGUACCGAGACAAGGGUGUAAUUUCUCUUGAGUUCGACAUAUUCAGCUUAGGUGUCGUAAUUAUAAAGAUAAUGGGAGGAGUGCACCGGCACUGGAGGAAUAGGCUGCAGGCAGCAUCAGGGGUUGCCUUGGAGUCAUACUGCAAACAAGUCAUAAGAUGUGUCACCAUAGCUUUAGACUGUGUGGAGGGUGAUCGACGCAAGAGGCCAACUAUUGGAACUAUCGUCAGUCAACUUAAUGAGGUAGAUGUUAUGUGUCCAUUUCCGGAUGCGUUGCGAAAUGACCCGGAGUCACUGUCGAUGAAUUCGGAAACCAGGCAAACUGACAUUACAGAAGUAGAAGGAAAUCGGGAGAGGGAAGAGCUGAGCCAGAUAGAGAAUCUCUUUGGUGAAGUAGUCGACAACUACAAGUUGGAUCAAAUGGCAAGUUACAUGGGCAAAUCCAAGACACGGGAUGACCGAGUACGAGAAGCCUGCAUCCUGGUAACGGAGGACGGCAAGGAUGCCAGGGCGUCUAGGUAUGUGGAGGGUCUCAAGACUAUGCAUGGCGAUGGCGAUGGUCAGUCCACGAUGUGCCUUGUGUAUAACGCGACCGGCAGCACCCUCCACCACGUCCUCCAGCACGACUGGUCUGGUCAUAUUGGCAGGGCUCCCUAUCCUGCCUUGACCGGCAACGGCCAGUGGGCUGCCUUUCAUCACGUUGCCCAGCCCGGCGAGCCAGAUUCGCUGGCGGCGGUCCUCUACCGAGGGAAGAACAAAGAUGGCCACGACCAUGAUUACUUGCUUGCGUGGCAUACACCGUCGAGAUGGUAUGAGUGCAACAAGGCGUAUUGCGACAUCGGUGGUGUCGACUACUUCAAAAAUCGUUGGGCUGAUAUACACAGCAAACUGAGCAAAUCCGAUUACUCUUCGGACGCCAUAUACGGUGGGUGUUAUAUUGAAGCAAAAAUUGGAGGGGGCAAUAGUCCUAAGUUUACUGCAAGAAUCACCUCCGUGGACGGACAUCGCCAGCAUUGGCAACCAGUUACGUUUGUCCAAGCUGCAGAAGUCGUUGGGGAACUGACGGAUGAUGGUAUUAUGUCACUCUAA